AAAAUAAAUAGCCUACUAUUAAUUAAAUGACAUAUAUGAAAAUAUAUCACGUAAAAUAACCACUGUUAGAUGUAUUUUUAUUUGUUGUUUUGAGUCUGUUUACGUAAUUUCUUAAAAUGGGUUUAUUCGGCAUAAACGAAAUAUAAUUUAAUUUAAUUUUAUUUUAUUUUUCAUGAUGAAACUAAAAAAAGAGAAAAAAAUAUUUUCAUAGAAAAGGAUCACUACAUUAACCAGUAGCAAUAAGCAACUGGAACCACUAGAUGGCGCCGCUUGAUCAUCAUACAAUUAAAUAGCGGAUCAAUUUUGUUGCUUUUUCCUUUACAUUUGGGAACAUGUUCGACACUUUGUCUUAGUUUUUAUUAUUUCGGGUAAAAAAAAAAUGAAUACUUUGUCUUCUGUACCACAUUUUAUUUUAAAAAAUAUAAUGAAAGUCGUUAUUUUAAAAAGCAAGUUGACCUUUUGACCCUAAAAUUUGUUGAAUCAAAGUUAUCCUAAAAUAUGUAUUUAUUACUUCAACGAUUUAACCCGUUUGGCCUCGUGUUGCUGUGCUUUCUUGGACAUGGAUAAGAUGAUCCAUUUGAGCUGAUUACUGCUUUAUGCGCACCCAUCCCGCCAAAGCUGCAACUUUAGAGAUUGCUGACUGGACUAAAAUCGAUUAAAACUUACAGGUUUCUGACUCUGAGGAUGGGUUUAAAAAUGUCCACUUUUCCCGGGAAAUUGUUCUAGGAUUCCCGCGGAGCAGGUUAAGUCCAGGAGCAGAGGAGAGAGGGGUGUAACAAGUGGAAAUUGACCAUAAGAGGAUUACCGCGCCCGCUAACUCCGCUUUGGCCUCGUCAAGGAUGCGCAGUUGGCCCAAACUGCGCGCCGCUUUGCACACCGGGGAUGAAGCUGGAACUGGCUCGUUAUUGCUGCUCCGGUUUCUAGAGAAUAAACAAACUGGAAGCUUCCACGGGGAUGGAUCGUGAUCGUUUCUGCGGGGUUCGGUCACCGGGCGGGCAUCCGGCUGAGGAAGCGGGCUCCUGAUGCUGCAGAGAUGAGGACCAGACCUGCGGGGAUCGGCAACGUCAAUGCCGACUGGAUGGGUUCCCUGCCAUCCAAACUAAGUGCCAUGCCCCUUAAAUGCCUCGCGGUACCAGGCUCUCACGAUUCCUUCACGUUCUGGGUUGAUGUGCACGCGCCUGUGGCCCCUGAUCAGAAGGCCUAUGUGAAGUACCUGGCUACCAUGUUCAGUGUCUUUGCAAAGAAGGUGAUGGUAAAGUGGUCCAUGACACAGAAUCUGACAUUCAGAGAGCAGCUUGAUGCAGGGAUACGUUACUUUGACCUGAGAGUUUCCUCUAAACCAGGAGAACCAGGCAACGAGAUCUACUUCAUCCAUGGCCUCUUUGGGCACAAGGUGAGGGACGGCCUGUUAGAAAUCAACACCUUCCUAACCAGACACAGGAAAGAGGUGGUGUUUUUGGAUUUUAACCAUUACUAUGCAAUGGAGGCAGAGCAUCACGUCUAUCUCAUUAACAUGCUGCAGCAAGUGUUUGGCAGCAAGCUGUGCAACAACUGCACCGUGGAGAGCAUCACUCUGGACUACCUGUGGGAGAAGAAAUACCAGGUGAUUGUAUUUUACCAUCAUCCUUCAGCUCAGAGUAUCCCUGUCAUGUGGCCUGGCAAUAAAAUUCCUGCUCCUUGGGCAAAUACCACUGAGCCAAACAAGCUUAUACAGUUCCUUGAAAUGACACAAAAGGAAAGAGCCAAACAGGGAUCUUUCCACGUUACCCAGGCUAUCCUCACACCAACCGCCAACACGGUGGCCAAGGGUCUUAUGUGGGGGCUACGCAGCUACCUGGUGGAGAGAAAUCUGCCAACCAUCAUGUCCUGGAUUGAAAGUCAGAGGCCAGGGGUGGAUGGAGUCAACAUCAUCACCUCUGACUUUGUGGAACUCACUGACUUUGCCAACGUCGUCAUCAAGCUCAAUAACCUGCUGAUGGAGCAGAAGCACAAACCAAGAUGACCCAUCUGAUGGUAGACAUUUUAUAGAGAAAUUAUAUUAACAAUUAAUAUUUUUUUAAUUAAAUUUAGGACUUUUAAAUUAAUUAAUCCCAUACAAAGCUUCUGCUACUGAUAGAUACAUUUAGAUUCAAGAUCUUCUGAUAUGGAAACGCCUUUAAAUCUUGCUGGAACUCAUUAGUUUUGGUUGCAGCUCCAGUGAACAGAGUUCUGAAGACUUAGAAGGAGCCGGAGUUCAGAUCAGAGAGCGGCCGGCGCGCCCGGCAGCUUGGUUAUAAAUCCUCUUCAUGAGGCUGACCAAAUCCUGUCAUGCUACAGCUCUGGCUGCUUUUCUGCAUUCCAUUUCCAACUUGAACCAAGAUACAAAAAAAAGUUAUUUCAUCUCAGCUGAUUCUACUUUUGAAUUAACACAUUCUCAGAGAUGAAAAGCACACACUCAAGGGUUCAAUUUGUGUGUACAUUUAUUUCCCAAGAUUAGAAUUUCUAUGAAAAAAAAGGGAUAAUUAACACUUGCUGGGUUGAUAAAUUUGCUAUUUUAGGAGCAUUUAUUUCCCGUAAAUAAAUUGUUUAUUUGGAGAAAAAUCAAUUUAGCUGCAGUUUCUCAAAGUGAAUUACAUCUAACCAGGAACACUUAUACCGACUAGAGACCGUAGCAUUUUCCCAUGGUGGCAUGCAUUUAAAAAAAAUGUAAAAAAUGAUGCCACAGGUUAAUUUAAAAAAUGCUAACAUAAAUAUGCAGCUACACUUUGCAAUGGUUGUUUGACUUGGAUGCAGAAAUAGAAAAGUGCAAUAUGUUGGAGUUGUGCAAAAAAAAUAUUAGAAUCAAUGAAUGGAUAUACUCAAUGCAGAAUAUAUUUUGUGUAUUUGUGUGUGCCUUGCAGGCUCAGUGGUUAUUAUGUAUGAUGGUAGCGCUGUGACAGUCGUCGUGCAUUGUUGUGGGCAGAUUAGGGAGAGAAACAAUGCAGAAACUGAAAAAGAAAUGCUUGAGGGGAACAGACAACAAACAACUCUAGUACCGAGAAGGAAACAUUCAGUCAGAAUACUUUAAAGGAAACUAUUUAUGGAAAAUAUGAGAAAGUUUGUGAGGCAUUAUGUAACAUUUUUACCUAUUCUGGCACUACUAAGGUCUAUAGUUACAUUAUUCAGUGGGUGGUAUUAAUUUGACCUAUUUCACAUUAGUUUUACUGUAGCUUAAAAGCAAAAGUUAAGUACUGAUUUUACACAGAAAGGACUAUCUUCUUUAAACAGAGCUGUAGAUUUUAUUUUUCUAAAGUUUCAAUCAAACUUUGUCCGAUAUAUUAAUACCUGGCAGCUAUUCAAAAAAAGGCGCUCUUUUAAUAUCCGCAGGAUUUUUAUCUUUUUCUCGACCAAGUCGAAGGGAAAUCAAAUGUUUUCCUUUAAUAUAGGUUUCUUCACCCUUUUGUGAUUCCACUCCUUGCUCCACGUCUCACCUUUUGACAAGUUUGGUCACCAAACACGUCGAGGUCCACGAGAAGACAUAAACAAAGGCACUUUAAUUGUGGAGUAAUUACACAUACCAUGGCAGGCAAGUGGGAGAGCAGCAGGCAGGACAGUGAGCAUUCCUGUGAUGUUUGGAUCCUUCUUUUCUUCACUCUAUCCCGUUUGGGUUCCCCGGUUUAAAAGGAGGAAAUGACUUGAACAGGAGUUUUCGAACUCAAUAAAGACAUAAAGCAAUAAAAAGUGUUGUUUGCGUCUAUUUGUUCCAGUCAAG